UAAUUUCAGAAGUUAUUUUCUAGGAUGCUAUCAACUGGGAUCAAUCCAAAAUAAUAAAUGGAAUCAUAAAUUGAGUUCCUACUUAGGCUGACCCUUAAUUUAAUAUUUUGUUUUGUUAGCUACUUGCUAAUUUACCAGAAUCUGAACCUAUGGUAUAUUAAACCCUUUUGCAUAGUAUUACAUAUUGAUCAUUCCCUCACUGUCUUUGCCUGUUUCACCACAGCAAAAUGUAUCCAGUAGUAAAUGAUCGCCAACCAACCUUUUCAGCUGAUGGGCAUCCAGGGCCAGUGCCUGUUUCAGGAGUUCCGAACCCGAGUCCUGCACAAUCUUAUGUAGCUCCACAGCCUUAUGCUUCAUAUUUCUCCACCAGUGUGCGCCAUCCAGGUCCAACCGGAAAAUGGUCGACCGGUCUUUGCCAUUGCUGUGAUGAUCCUGCAAACUGUGUGAUCACUUGCUUUUGCCCUUGCAUCACCUUUGGACAGAUAGCUGAGAUAGUGAACAAAGGAUCUACAUCAUGUGCUGGAAGUGGGGCUGUUUAUGGGCUAUUAUUGGCUUUUAGUGGCUUUGCAUGCUUGUACUCAUGCUUUUAUCGGUCGCUAUUGAGAGGCCAGUUUGACCUGGAGGAAGCUCCUUGUGUGGAUUGCCUGGUUCAUUUCUGCUGUGAGACUUGUGCCCUGUGUCAGGAGUAUAGGGAACUCAAGAACCGUGGAUUCGACAUGGGAAUAGAAAUGGAAGAAGAAGAAGAAGAAGAAGAAAUUCUGUCACCUUCCGAUUCGAGUGAAGAUUAUGCCCUUGAUGAAGAAGAAGGUGACGACGACGACGUCGACGUCGUUCAAGCGGCACAAUCUCCGUCCGAUGAAGAACUCAAAUCAAAGAAUGUAGACGCUCUCGUUAGAGGCAAUCUUGUAGUAAAGAGACAGUCUUUGCUUCCUAGAGUCCUUUCAGUGACAGAAGGAGCAGCAAUUUGUAGGAAACCUUUUAAACCUCCGUCUUCUAAUGGUUAUAAAGAUGGAAAUCAACAGCUCUCUCGUCGCCUUUUGGCUCGGAAACGCUUUGUUCCUUGGGGAUCUUCGAGGCCUGUCUUGCUCCCUAUUACUAAUAGAAUUAAUGUGUCAAGUCCUUUUGAGAAAGAUGUUGUAGUCGAGGAUACUGUUACUUUGCCACCUGGAAUUGAUCCUUUGGUGCUGUGGCAACCUGAUGAGUGUGAUUCUACAGCUGGUAAUUUUAUACCCAUUAUUGUAGAUUCGUUGCUUGUUCAGUUCCUUCGACCCCAUCAAAGAGAAGGGGUUCAAUUCAUGUUUGAUUGUGUUUCGGGAUUACAUAGUGCUGCCAAUAUUAAUGGAUGUAUUUUGGCUGAUGACAUGGGUUUGGGAAAGACUUUGCAGUCAAUCACGUUGCUGUAUACUCUUCUUGGGCAAGGGUUUGAUGAUAAGCCUAUGGUUAGAAAAGCCAUCAUUGUCACCCCAACCAGUCUUGUAAGUAAUUGGGAGGCUGAAAUCAAAAAGUGGGUUGGGGAAAGUGUUAAGCUUAUAGCUCUUUGUGAGACAACUAGGGAUGAUGUUGUAUCUGGAAUUGACAGUUUUGCAAAUCCUCGGAGCAAUUUGCAGGUACUGAUUGUUUCAUAUGAAACAUUUCGAAUGCAUUCAUCAAAAUUUAGCCAUGAUGAAUCGUGUGAUCUCCUUAUAUGUGAUGAGGCUCACAGGCUAAAAAAUGACCAGACAUUAACAAAUAGGGUAUUGGCAGCUCUCUCAUGCAAGCGCCGCAUUUUAUUGUCUGGAACUCCAAUGCAAAAUGACCUAGAAGAGUUCUUUGCAAUGGUAAAUUUCACUAAUCCAGGAAUUUUAGGUGAUGCUGCAUAUUUUCGUCGUUAUUAUGAGACACCAAUUAUCUGUGGAAGAGAACCAACUGCCACGGAAGAAGAGAAGAAGUUAGGUGCUGAGCGCUCUGGAGAAUUAAGUGCAAAAGUGAAUCAGUUCAUCUUGAGAAGGACAAAUGCACUGCUAUCAAAUCAUCUCCCACCAAAGAUUGUUGAAGUUGUUUGCUGCAAAUUGACUCCUCUCCAAUCAGAGUUAUAUAACCAUUUUAUACAUUCUAAAAAUGUAAAACGAGCAAUUACUGAAGAAACCAAGAAAUCAAAGAUUCUGGCUUAUAUUACAGCUCUUAAGAAGCUCUGCAACCAUCCAAAGCUCAUAUAUGAUACAAUAAGAAGCGGAACUCCAGGAACUUCAGGGUUUGAGGACUGCAUUCGCUUUUUCCCUCCAGGAAUGUUCUCUGGGAGAUCUGGUACAUGGAGUGGUGGUGAUGGGUCAUGGAUUGAACUUUCUGGCAAAAUGCAUGUUUUGGCUCGGCUGCUAGCUCAUUUGCGUCAGAGAACUGAUGAUCGAAUUGUUCUCGUCUCAAACUACACACAGACCCUGGAUCUUUUUGCUCAAUUGUGCCGAGAAAGAAGAUAUCCACACUUGAGACUUGAUGGAGCCACAUCAAUUGGUAAAAGGCAAAAGCUAGUUAACCGCUUCAAUGAUCAGUCCAAGGAUGAAUUUGUGUUUCUCUUGAGCAGCAAGGCUGGUGGUUGUGGACUUAAUCUAAUAGGUGGUAAUCGACUUGUCUUGUUUGAUCCUGACUGGAAUCCUGCCAAUGACAAACAGGCUGCUGCAAGAAUUUGGAGGGAUGGACAGAAGAAGAGAGUUUACAUAUACAGAUUUCUGAGUACUGGAACAAUUGAAGAAAAGGUUUACCAGCGCCAAAUGUCAAAAGAAGGGCUUCAAAAAGUCAUUCAGCAUGAGCAAAAUGAUAGUACUAUAUCAGAGGGAAAUUUUCUUUCAACUGAAGAUUUACGAGAUCUCUUCACAUUUUAUGGGGAUAUCAGGUCCGAAAUACAUGAAAAGAUGAACUGUGAUCGAUGCCUAUUUAAUGAUGAUGGUCUUGAGAGCAUAAUGGAUGAAGAUGGAUCAGUAAGUAGAAGAUGCAAGUCAGAUGAAGAGGUGUUCGAUAUAGGUGGAUUCGCAAAAAUCGCUGGGAUCCUGCAUGAGUUAAAGAGCUCAGAGAAGCAGGUAGGGACUCCACUGGAAGAGGAUUUGGGAAGCUGGGGACACCAUUUUCACUCAACAUCAGUGCCAGAUGCAAUACUUCAAGCUUCUGCUGGUGAUGAGGUGACAUUUGUUUUCACAAACCAGGUGGAUGGAAAGCUUGUACCCAUUGAAUCUACAGCAAGUCCAAAAAUGUUGGAGAUAAAAGGGAAUCAGAACCAGCAUGAUGGCAAGGAAAAUAUGAGCAGAACUUCAAGGUUAUUUCAACAUCAGAAACUUCUACAAUCCAUUUCUGCGAGUAGAGAUUCUUUGGAAGAAACAUUAUCUGCCUCUUUUAAGCCUUUAGAAGGUGCAACUGUGAAGCGAAGGAGAACUUCUUUAAAGGGAACAACAGAUUCAACAUUAAAAUCCAGACUAUCCUCUGGAACUCAAUUACCGUUCAAAAGGGUAUUCCCCUACAAUGUUGAACAGCAUGAUGAUGAUUUCGAGUAAAGUUUUUGGCGGCUGAAUUUUUCAUCUUGUUCUUGAUUGCACGUUAAGAUACUCGGAGAUUCAGAGUGAUUGCCAUAAAUGAUUGGAGAUUCCUUAAGAUUGGCUAAUGCUUCCUAAUAUGAUUCUACUAUACUAGAAGGCCCCAGCAAACUUCAGAGUUGGGAAACUUUCUAGACUCGAAACGACAUUUUCAUCUGUAACAGGAAUUAUCAAGUUAUGACUAAUCAUCGGAAGGGAUAAAUUUUAGGACACAUUUGUAAAUUAGAAAUGCAAUAGUAACACAAUGAUAUAGUACUUGAAACUUAUUCUAUAGUAAGUCGUUCGUUUUUCCGUUUGA